UUCCCCCACCUAUCACGACCAACUUGUCUACUUUUACCACCCAAUCAAAAACGCUUUCUCCUUCUUCUCUUUCUCUCAAGUUUCAACCUUUUGUUUCUCUCAGAUUUCAUCAUCAAAAAAAGAAUUGUUUUUUUUAAUUGGAAUCAGUGAGAAACAGAGGAUAUUAGCGAUUAUGAGUUCCAUCACUCUGCCCAUAACGAGACUUCCACUACUCAACCCGACUUCUUCUUCAUCAUUUUCACUUCCUCCUCCUCCUCCUCUCUCUAAUCCUCGUCGUCGCUCCACUUUUUCACCAGUUCUCAUCACUGCCUCUGCUGUCUUCGCAGCUCUUUCUGAUGUUAAUAACUCUGUUCCGGUUAAAAACGGGGGUUACACAGUUGGUGAUUUCAUGACAGGGAGACAGCAUCUGCAUGUUGUUAAGCCCUCAACAUCAGUUGAUGAUGCGUUGGAACUUUUGGUUGAGAAGAAAGUCACGGGAUUGCCUGUAAUUGAUGAUGAUUGGAAUCUGGUUGGCGUUGUUUCUGAUUACGACUUGCUUGCGCUGGACUCCAUCUCUGGCCGCAGCAGCCAAAAUGAUACAAACAUGUUUCCUAACGUAGACAGUUCAUGGAAGACGUUUAACGAACUCCAGAAGCUGAUAAGCAAGACACAUGGACAAGUGGUUGGAGAUUUUAUGACUCCUUCUCCUCUGGUUGUCCGUGGUUCCACCAAUCUAGAAGAUGCUGCCAGGUUGCUUCUUGAAACAAAGUUCCGAAGAUUACCAGUCGUGGAUUCAGAUGGAAAACUGAUUGGGAUCCUGACAAGGGGAAACGUUGUUAGGGCUGCACUGCAGAUCAAGCGGGAAACCGAGAACUCAACAUAGCAGAACCCUUAAAUCUGCCAUAGCUAGUAGCAAAUCUGUUUAUUCCAUUUGAUAAAAGUAAAUAUUCUUAUAACCACCAAACACGACGACCAAACAGAAUUUGAACUACUCUCAUAUGAUUUUGCAUCUUCAUAAAAAAUAAAAAAAAUUCAAAUUCAAACGAAAA